AAGAGAUAAAUCAGCUGUGUGACUGAGUUUUGGUCAGAAAGCUGGUGGAGCUCAGCAGCUUCUCCUCUCUGAUGAUGGAGACCCAGGACGGAGCAGAGCUCUGCUUUCCAGAACUCCUCAACACCUCCUGCAGGAAGCCAAGUUACCCUCAGUCUGAAGUCCUGCUGCUGCAGAUCCUGAUGUCCUCCGUCUCUGUGCUCACUGUGACUCUCAACCUGCUGGUCAUCAUCUCAGUCUCACACUUCAGGCAGCUUCACGUUCCCUCUAACCUCCUCCUCCUCUCUCUGGCCGUGUCUGAUUUCUUCGUGGGCCUCGUGCUGAUGCCGAUUGAAAUCCUCAGACAAACAUCCUGCUGGUUUCUUGGAGACCUCGUGUGUUGUCUCUACAAACUUGUUUCCUUCUUCAUUUCCUAUGCCUCAGUAGGAGACAUGGUGCUGAUUUCAAUCGACCGUAAUGUGGCUGUUUGUUAUCCUCUGCAUUACUCCACCAGAGUCACCGUGAGGAGAACUAAAGUCUAUAUUAGUGUGUGUUGGUUGUGCUCUUUUAUCUACAGUAUUGUGUUCACAGGAGAAGACCUGAAUCAGACUGACAGGUUUAGUUUCUGCCGUGGAGAGUGUCUGGUUGUCAUUAACUCCACAGCAGGAGUCGUUGACCUCGUUGUGACCUUUAUCGGUCCCAUCUCCGUCAUCGUGGUUCUGUAUGUGAGAGUGUUUGUGGUGGCUGUGUCUCAGGCUCGUGCCAUGCGCUCUCAUGUUACAGCUCUCACACACAAACCAUCAGUGAACGUAAGAACCAAGAAAUCUGAGCUGAAAGCAGCCAGAGCUCUGGGUGUCGUUGUCGUCGUGUUUCUUCUUUGUUUGUGUCCGUAUUACACUGUCAGUCUUGCAGCAGGUGACCAUGUCAGUGCCUCAGCUGCAUCAUUUGUGCUCUUCCUCUAUUACUGUAACUCCUGUCUGAACCCUGUGAUCUACGUCUUAUUCUACCCCUGGUUUAGUAAAGCCAUGAAACUCAUCCUUACUUUAAAGAUCCUGCAGUCUGGAUCCUGUCAGAUUGACAUACUGUACAGAAUUUAG